AUGGAGUUCCUUCUCGGUUCUGAGAGACGAGAACGCCCUUCUCGAGCUGCAGCUCCCACAAAGAACAUGAAAGAACCUGAUUCUGAGGAUGAUGACCAGCCUAUCAGGCCCCAAAAAUCGUCUACCGCAAGAGUCAUCCGUGCUAAUAAUGAAAACCCAAGUGUUGGCUUUAACCCUGAUUCGAUCACAGUCGUCUCGGCACAGAGCAGUGCUUCGUCCAUGGCGACACUCAACCGACCAUCUUCCCCGAAGAAAAGAAGCAGUCCCGAAGCUGAGAGCGACUCUCUCGCCAAGAAGUCACGCAAGAUAGUGAUCAAGACUAAGAUGUCCACCCAAGCCGUGACUCCAGCGCCUCCGCAAGCCGGCACCACACCGCAGCCAGCCCUCUGCAGCAUCCCUCAGAUUGAGGCUAUGCGCAAAUACCUAAAUUCUUUGGAGAGUCGCAUAAAUCAGGAUGCAGCGGACCGUGACGAGGCUCAGAAAAAAAUUGUUUUAAUCGAGCAGAAGUUGCAGGAUGCCCAAGCAGCCAAGACGGGCGAGAAGGAUCUCAACCAUCCUGCAGAUGAUCAAGACCUACGCAAAGAAAACGAGGAUCUGCUCAAGGAAAACCAGAAGCUCAAGAUACGCAUGGCAGAGCAGAACCAUUUCAUCGCCACCCUGAAACAGGACCGCAUCACCCCGUCCGGGUUCAAGCUUAUGGACAGUGAUGUAGAGAAUGAAUGGAAGGGAAUCGCGUUCGAAAUCCGCAACUUUGUUUUUCAGGUUCUCACCAAGCAGCCAUACCGAGAUCAGGCACCUCGAGGAGCGAACCUGAAAGACGUCGAAGCACUCAAGAAGCAGCAAAAGAAGAACAUCCACACAGCCCCAUAUCACUUCCAGCGUUACAUCUGGUUGCAUCUCGUCGAGGACAUCUUCCAGGCUGGAAAAGCUACCUGGGGAGGUCCCACAGGCAAUGCGUUCCAUCGCUAUUGUUUGGACAUAUCCGAAAUUGACUUUGACGGCAUGACGCAGCUAAGUACAUUCAAGUCUAGCCAAGCCGAUGUACUUUCCAAGUGUUUUGAUGUACACAACCGCGAAGAGGCCAUGAGCAUUGCACGAGAGAUGGCGAUGACCCUGGAAAUCUUCAUGAACCCUGACGCAAUAGAAAACAAGUUGGGUCCUCUGAAGCGUCUUAUGAUUAUUGUUCGCAAAGCAGUGGAACUGAAUGACAAGUUUCUGAGAUCUAGGGCAUUUUACCUCACCAACUGGCUAGUAAGCGGCGAUUGGAAGUGGGCUGACCUCGACAUCCGUUACUACUCGGGAGAGGAAGGCGGAGUCAGGAACGUGGAUGUUGAGAUCUCACCCCGACUUGGGAAGAUUGGAAAUGCUGACGGCCGUCAUUUCGAUGAAGCUUUCGAGAUGUGCAAGCCUAUGGUGACCGUACAUCUCUCAUGA